CGCUAAACCAGCCGGACGACUAGGCACGUCGUUAGCAUUUUUCUGGGUGUAUAACCUCCUCGCCCUGUUCCGCUCCUCAAACACAUCUCAGGAGUCGCUGGAAGAUGGCCUCCUACACCGCUUACAGCGGCUACAGCAGGCCGCCGCAGUCCUACGCCGCCUCGUACUACGACGAGAAACAGCCCAACACCACGGGGUACACGGCGCCCUACACGGCGCCCUACACGGCCCCUUACACGGCGCCGUACUCUGACUACACCGACUACAAGGACUCGGUAUAUGAAGAGAAGAAGAAAAUCGAAAAGAGGAAGCGCAAGUACGCCAUUUGCUGCGAGGUGGUGGCUCUGGUCAUCGGCUUCAUCGGUCUGAUCGGCGUGGCGGCCGUGACGGGCCUGCCCAUGUGGAGGGUGACGGCCUUCAUCGAGGAGAACAUCAUCGUGAUGGAGACGCGCUGGGAGGGCCUGUGGAUGAACUGCUACCGGCAAGCUAACAUCAGGAUGCAGUGUAAGGUCUACGACUCGCUGCUCUUCCUGCCGCCCGACCUGCAGGCGGCCCGCGGCCUCAUGUGCGCCUCCGUCGCCAUCACCUGCUUCGCCCUCAUCACCUCUGCCGUGGGCAUGAAGUGCACCAAAGUGGUGGACCACCGCAAACGCACCAAGCACAUCGUCCUGGUGGCCGGCGGCGCCCUCUUCCUGCUGGGUUGCGUCACCACGCUCAUCCCCGUUUCCUGGACGGGCCACAGGAUCAUCCAGGAGUUCUACAACCCGUUGCUGAUCGACGCUCAGCGGAGGGAGCUGGGCGAGGCGCUCUACAUCGGCUGGGUGACUUCGGCGUUGCUGUUCGCCGCCGGCUGCAUUCUGCUGUGCCGCCACGCCCCGAGAACCCAGGAGCAGGACGAUAGGGUCAUCUACAAUCCCGGCUCGUACGUCUACCAACCCGCAUCGGCGUACCAACCGCCCACCAACUACCAGCCCGGAUACAACUACCAGCCUGCCUACUCCGCACCUCCGACAGGGUCUGUAGCCUACACGCCGGUCCAGUACUAGCGCAGAGACCGGGAUUCUUUUGUUAACAAACGGACUGAAAAGUCUGAAGACAGUACGUAGUCUAGAAGAACUGAUUUGCUGAUAUAUUCAAGGGGGUGUGAACUGCGAACGUCCCGAUGCGAUAUGAGGCACACGAUGACCUCAAUAUGGCGAUACAAAAAUUAUCGCUGAUCAGAAAGUCAAUCUACGAUAUUCUACGAUACUGCUGUCAUUAACAGUGAUAUACAUCCAAUCACCGCCACAAAACCUAAAAAAAAAUCUAAAACUAAUCUCAAUUCACAGCAGAACACGAUUAGACAAUUAUCAUCUGAAUUCUAAACGAAACUCAAACUGAUUUAAAACCAGAUCAGAUCCUGAUUUUCACAUUUGUGUAAAUGCAAUGUAAACACACCACAUUAAAAAAAUGUUCUUCAAAAGUUAUUCAAAUGCUGUCAAAUCUGAACAGAUAAUCGUAACAUUCUAGUUGAGUUCUGUCUUGUGCCACAAGUAACUCAAUGGCUGAUAUUGACACUGCUCGACAUCCAAUCCGUUUAAAGUGGGAGACUUCAAAUGGAUUGGACAUCUUCUACACUUGUUAAACCCAUUUCAUUUAACAGCAGAACACAAUUGGACAACUGUCAUCUGAAUUCUAAACGAAACUCAAACUGAUUUGAACCCAGAUCUGAUCCUGAUUUUCACAUUUGUUUAAAUGCAAUGUAAACACACCGCAUUAAAAAAAAUGUUGUUCAAAAGUUAUUCAAAUGCUGUCAAAUCUGAACAGAUAAUAGUAACACAGUGUUUCCCACAGGAUUUUAGGAGACUGUGGUGGGAGGGUCUCUGACCAUAGGAUUUUUUGAAACUGUGGUGGUGGGCUGCAUCGGAGUCGGACAGCCACACCAUGUCGUGCCACGGCGAUUUUUUUUUUUUUUUCAUUAUUUUUUUCCCCCCAAGAAGAACCAUAACAAAGAUAUACUUGAAAUAUUUCAUUAGCUAGGCUAAUGUUAUAGCUCUCAGCUACGGUACAUGUAUGUAAAAUGCGUUGCUGAUUACAGCUACGUUACCCUAUGUAAUAAUGCGACUUUUUUUCUCGUAGCAAUAGUACAACUUACAUCUCGUAGUGACUCAGGGUUGGCAACCCAAACUGUUGAAAGAGCCAUAUUUGACCCCCCCCCCCCCCCCCCCCCCAAAAAAAAUGAUACAGUAUGUCUGGAGCAGCAAAAAAAUAAAAGCCUUGUACAAGCCUUAUAAUUAUCAAUACUAGCUAUAUUAGCCUACUAUAAAAAUGACUAAGUUGGCUAGAAAUACAUAAUUAGCCUUCAUGAUUAAAUGUUUAUUUUCCCUGCAGUGGAUCCUAUAGCGCACCACGUGACUACUCUGUUGUACGAUGCCACCACAAGUUUAACUUCAUUACAAUAUUAAUGAAUUGAAAGAAUGUUUGUGUCAUGUUUGUCCACCUAGAAAUCCUAUUAAAACAAAAAAUAUAUUUCCCUCCCCUGUCUUUUUCCAUAAAAAAAAACAAACAAAAAAAACCCAGCUCCGAAGCAGCACUAAAGAGCCGCAUGUGGCCCGAGAGCCGCGGGUUUCAGACCGCCGUCGUAGUCCUCCUUUUUCCUUUUUAUUUGACCCUCAUACAAUAACAGUCCUUCAGUCAACUGACCCAUUUACAGGACUGGGGGAAUUCUAAUAGCCGUGUAAAGAGUUUUACUUGAUUCGGUGAGAAGGUGAAUAGUUUUUUCCUCGUUGUUCGUGAACUAAAUUUCCACACAAACGCACAUCGAGGUACCAUUAACUUAGCAAGGAGAGGUAUGAGAGUCAU